AUGAAGUCCCACAGCGCGCCCCGGCUGUCCGCCAGAUGCAGCCGCCGUGUCUGGAUCACGGCGAGGGAAGACGAGUCCCAGCAGCCAGAGUCGAUCUCGUCCAGGUUACCGGGAGCCCUGAAGCCGCCGAGACCCACACCGAGCCCCACUCCCCCGGCCCCGUCGGUCCCGAUCAAAAGGUUGGGCAUGGUGUUGGAGGAGGCGGUGGAGAGAGUCGGGAGCAUACACAGGCACUGGAGACGACUCCGGGCCACGGAGAGAGAUCAUUAUCCAACUGGUGCGAUAGGAGAGAGAGCCCUGAGUGGCCAAGAGAUGGGAAUGCAGAGACAAAUAGCCUAAGAUAAAAAAAAAAAGUCUAAAGUAAAAUAUAGGCUACCUGCCUAAUGUGACAGAUCAGAUGGCCAUCAUACACACAUUUAGAAACAGAACAUGUGAGUAGUGAAAUCAGAGGUGUGCGUAAUUGUCUCCCUCUCAAAGAAAAACUUCCAAAACCUCUAUAGGCUAUAAACAAAAUAUAGGCUACUUACUUUUUAUGUUCGUAUAAGCUGUUUCAGUUUUUAAAACCCCCACCCAACGUGAGUGCGUAUCCAGUGUUGUUCACUGUGUGGACAUAUUGACUGACUCACAUGGCCACUCCAUGGUGGAGCUCUUUAUAGCCAAACAUCGCGCGCACCUCAAACCCUGUCAUAGCCUACAUGCAGGAGCGCACGAGUUGACAGAUUACCAAGGAUAGCCUAUGAACAAACAUGAUGUCUGACUGACUGACUGACUGACUGAAUGGAUUAAUUAAUGAAUUCGGGGUAGGCUAUGCUAUAACAUUAUAAACAAAUACGGCCUAACCUAAAAUGACUUAGCCUAUACUAGUGGUGUUUUUGAAAGGUUAUUUAUCUUAAAAGUGAUGUAACCUAAUGAUUGUUCAAAACACUGUGAUUUCUUUGUAGACUAGGCCUACUGGUAAAUUCCCACAACAUAGCCUAAUAUUUUGGGUGCAUAGUUUAGCUGGGGAGGAGAGGGAGGCGGGACUAGCUACCUUGAGUGACGCUGACAUCAUCGAAUCACCGCCCAGUUUGCUGUUUCCUGUUUCACCAAACAACCUAUGCAAACAACACAUGUGAACGGCUAAUCUGACGUCUUCACACAGGCAAAAAUGCCACAAAUGGUCAACUGUAACUUCUAAAUAUUCACUCAAAAUGGUUUGGAUCAGUAGGAUUUGUUACCGGAAGGUCAGUAACCCACUGCUACAAAUACAGUUGCAUUAUAGUUCGCUAACAAGCUAGCUAUACCAAAGAUAUUUAGAAUUAACCCCUCCUGUCUGUCGCUCUACUACCCAGGUAGCGAUGCUAGCUAGCUUAGUUUGCUAGUCGUAGGUGGUCUCAGAGUUGCCCUUCAGUCUGUUUCGUAGGUGGUCUCAGAGUUGCCCUUCAGUCUGUUUCGUAGACAGAGCUAGCUAGUUGGUUGUGCUGUCCUGUCAGUUUUACAUGGUCGUUUCUACAAUGAACUUGCUAGCUAUGGAAAUAGUUUCGCUGUGUAGCCUACUGUCCACGUCAUUGUAGAAGACGGUACAAGAUAUUGAUUGCUGUAGAUACUUCAGUUGUCUUGACGCAAAGUGUACAAUGAUGUCAUAAUUACUCUCUCUUUCCUCCAGUAUGGUAACUUCGUGGACAACCUGCGUUUGUAUGUGCGAGGGGGCAGUGGGGGGAUGGGGCUGCCCCGUCUGGGGGGUCAGGGGGGGAAAGGGGGAGACGUGUGGGUGGUGGCUCAGAAGGAGAUUACUCUGAAAAGGGUCAAGGAUAAGUACCCCCAGAAACGCUUCAUCGCUGGAGUAGGAACCAACAGCAGGUCGGUCGAUCACUUACAUAUGUAGAUGGCACACAUUGGAUAACGCAUGAAAACAUUUUACAACUAUAUUAUUUACAAUAUCCUUUUUGGAAGCAUCAUGACAUGAACUACCAGCAAUCUAAUCCAAAUCUCAACGUGUGUGUGUGUGUGUGUGUGUGUGUGUGUGUGUGUGUGUGUGUGUGUGUGUGUGUGUGUGUGUGUGUGUGUGUGUGUGUGUGUGUGUGUGUGUGUGUGUGUAGUGUCCGUGCUCUGAGGGGGCAGAAAGGAGAGGACCAAGAAGUCUUUGCUCCUCCUGGCAUUACUGUCACCAAUGAUGAUGGAAAAGUCCUCGGUAAGUCUUUACACACGAUACACCUCCUUCACUGACACAAGGCGCAGGGUUCUGGUUGAAGAUGAGGUUGAUGUCUGCACUCAGGAUGAGAGUGUUGGGUGUAAAUUAAACUGACCAUAGUUCAUCAAUCCCCUCCAUAGGUGAGCUCAACACUGAGGGAGAUCGUGUGCUGGUGGCCAGAGGAGGUCAAGGAGGCUCCUACCACUCAGAGUUCCUGCCCAGUAAGGGCCAGACCAGACAGAUACGACUGGACCUCAAACUCAUCGCUGACCUCGGCCUGGUGGGGUGAGACAGGGGACACACACACAUACACAAUCAUACAGGAACACAUAGACUUAAUGAUUUCCCCCUCCAUCACUACCAGGUUCCCCAAUGCAGGAAAGUCCUCUCUACUGACCGCCCUGUCACACGCCAAACCCCAGAUUGCCAGCUAUGCCUGUGAGUAUUGAGUACACAUUUACACACACAUCCCGUUUAAGUGUAUGCUCCAUAUAUUACCCCGUUUUGUAAAAUGUUUGAAUGGAGGAUGACAACAUGAUGUUUGUGAGUUAUUUAUGAAAUGUAAAUGUUUGUGUUGUCAUUCUGCAGUCACCACCCUGAGACCAGAGAUUGGCAAAGUCAUGUAUGAAGACCAUAAACAGGUAAGAGAAGCAGAUGAGGAGGUCACUUCCUCCCUUUUGUGUUACUCAAUGUUUUCCUUCACCUGAUUGGUCCAUUCUCAAGAUUGUCUUUCUUCUGGUUUGUCCAUACUCAGUGUUCUCUCUCCUCUGAUUGGUUCAUUCUCGGAGUUACCUCCUCUGAUUGAUCCAUUCUGUGUUCUGUCCUCUGAUUGGUCCAUUCUCUGUGUUCUCUCCUCGGAUUGGUGUAGAUCUCAGUGGCAGACCUCCCAGGGCUGAUAGAGGGGGCCCACAUGAAUAGAGGCAUGGGCCACCAGUUCCUCAAACACGUGGAGAGGACCAGACAGCUGAUCUUUGUGGUUCGACCUAAACAUAAACACAAUUUAUGGUCAAAAGUUUCAAGGAGAUUUGUGGUGAGAAUGCCUCUAAUUGUAUUGAAACUGUAAUACUGAUGAAGUCUCUCUUCUCUCUCUGGUCAUAGGUGGACAUUUGUGGUUUCCAGCUGGCAAGCAAAACACCCUUUAGGUCCGCUUUUGAGGCCGUUCAACUUUUAACUAAAGUGAGGCUAGCAGGACACAUCUACACAGAAACCACCCACUCUCCCUCCCUCCCAGCACCAGUAUCACAAUAUGUUCUCUCUCCCUCUCUCAUCAUCCCUCUCUCUCUCGCUCUCUCCUUAUCCCACUCUCUGCCCCCCCGUCCCCUCCUCUCUCGACCCCUCCUAUAGGAGUUGGAGCUGUAUAAGGAGGAUCUCCCGUGUAAGCCUGCUGUGUUGGUGGUCAAUAAGAUGGACCUGCCUGAUGCAGAGGACAAACUCACAGAGCUGCAGGAGCAACUCCUAAACCCACACGGUAAUCUAAUGAUAUACAGUACCAGUCAAAGGUUUGGACACACCUACUCAUUCCAGGUUUUUUUAUUUAAUUUAUUUUUUUACUAUUUUCUACAUUGUAGAAUAAUAGUGAAGACAUCAAAACUAUGAAAUAACACAUAUGGAAUCAUGUAGUAACCAAAAAAGUGUUAAACAAAUCAAAAAUAUAUAGCCACCCUUUGCCUUGAUGACAGCUUUGCACACGCUUGGCAUUCUCUCAACCAGCUUCACCUGGAAUGCUUUUCCAACAUUAUUGAAGGAGUUCCCACAUAUGCUGAGCACUUGUUGGCUGCUUUUCCUUCACUCUGCAGUCCGACUCAUCCCAAACCAUCUCAAUUGGGUUGAGGUCGGGGGAUUGUGGAGGCCAGGUCAUCUGAUGCAGCACUCCAUCACUCUCCUUCUUGGUAAAAUAGCCCUUACACAGCCUGGAGGUGUGUUGGCUCAUUGUCCUGUUGAAAAACAAAUGAUAGUCCCACUAAGCCCAAACCAGAUGGGAUGGCGUAUCACUGCAGAAUGCUGUGGUAGCCAUGCUGGUUAAGUGUGCCUUAAAUUCUAAAUAAAUCACAGACAGUGUCACCAGCAAAGCACCUCCACACCUCCACACCUCCUCCUCCAUGCUUGCAAGUGGGAAAUACACAUGUAGAGAUCAUCCGUUCACCCACACUGCAUUGGAACCAAAAAUCUCCAAUUUGGAUUCCAGACCAAAGGACAAAUUUCCACCGGUCUAAUGUCCAUUGCUCGUGUUUCUUGGCCCAAGCAAGUCUCUUCUUCUUAUUGGUGUCCUUUAGUAGUGGUUUAUUUGCAGAAAUUCAACCAUGGCCUGAUUCACAGUCUCCUCUGAACAGUUGAUGUUGAGAUGUGUCUGUUACUUGAACUCUGUGAAGCAUUUAUUUGGGCUGCAAUUUCUGAGGCUGAUAACUCUAAUGAACUUAUCCUCUGCAGCAGAGGUAACUCUGGGUCUUCCAUUCAUGUGGCGGUCCUCAGGAGAGCCAGUUUCAUCAUAGCGCUUGAUGGUUUUUGCAACUGCACUUUAAGAAACUUUCAAAGUUAUUGAAAUGUUCCUUAUUGACUGACCUUCAUGUCUUAAAGUAAUGAUGGACUGUUGUUUCUCUUUGCUUAUUUGAGCUUACUUGGUCUUUUACCAAAUAGGGCUAUCUUCUGUAUACCCGCCCUACCUUGUCACAAUACAACUGAUUGGCUCAAACGCGUUAAGAAGGAAAUAAAUUCCACAAAUUAACUUUUAAGAAGGCACAUCUGUUAAUUGAAAUGCAUUCCAGGUGACUAUCUCAUGAAGCUGGUUGAGAGAAUGCCAAGAGUGUGCAAAGCUGUCAUCAAGGCAAAGGGUGGCUAUUUGAAGAAUCUCAAAUAUAAAAUAUAUUUUGAUUUGUUUAACACUUUUUUUGGUUACUACAUGAUUCCAUAUGUGUUAUUUCAUAGUUUUGAUGUCUUCACUAUUAUUCUACAAUGUAAAAAUAAAGAAAAACCCUUGAAUGAGUAGGUGUGUCCAAACUUUUGACUGGUAGUGUACAUAGUUUAUAAUCUAAGAUAAUUAAGGUGUACAAUCUAUGACAUUAGACUACUCAUAAUGCUCCCCUGGUGUGCUCCUCCCUUUCAGAGUUCUCCCACCUGUUACCCGAAGAUAUGGUUCCUAAGAACAACAUGGUCUUCAGACACGUGGUUCCUAUCUCAGCUGCCACCGGUUUUGGCAUCGCACACCUCAAGACCUUUAUCCGCCAAUCACUAGACGAGGAUGCCUCUAUGGCAACGGAGUCCCUGCACCGUGAUAGGCUACAGGCGCUGAGAGGUGCGGUCCCAGCCAAGAACUCACUCACAUGGGGCCCCACCCCCUCAGUUUGAACUGAACUGUGGAACAUUCAGGGUUAGUACGUUCUGCAGUUUUGAAAAAGGGUUUGAACUUGAUACACGUUCACUCAGCCUGGAACGUUUUCAAUAUUGUGGAAGUCAGGGUGAUGUUCCUACCUAUCAUAUCCUAGGUAGGAUGACUCCUCGACAUUCAUCCUGUCUCUGCACCCUGCUUGAGAUUAUCUAUGGAAAACACUGGCGAUGAUGUCACCCACAGUCAUAACCCAGGCAGGGUGUUGUUCUCCAGCCCUUCCCUUAUGACCAAACUAUGGACAGAGUUAGAGGUCGAGAAAGAGGAGGGGAAGUGCUUUUCAGUGUGUUUUUCUGCUGGAUGUUGUCUCUGACUAUCUGUUUGAUGUAAUAUGUUCCUUUUCCAUCAUGUAGUAAUAAACAUGUUAAUUAAUGCUGCCACCUUAAGGGAAAAUAAACAUACAUACACAGAAAAUAUCGAUG